AUGAAUGGAAUCAGUAAUAUCAUUAUUGGAGGCUGCUUACCAAGGUCAAAAACUAAUUUAAACCAUAUUAACAAAGCAUUUAUUGAAAUCAGUAAAGAAGAAAACAUCAAAGGAGUAGGUCCGGCUGGGACAGAUAACAUCAACAGAGUCAUAAAAAUUAGGAGCGCUAGUCUCAAUCUGUCAAAGUCGAAAUUAAGUCAAAGAAUAAGAACAAGAAGAUGCUUUGAAAAUAGAAAAAGUAAGCGUGAUCAGUCUGAUGGUGAUAAUGAUAAUGUAACACCAGUUAAGAAGUUUAAAGUAGGAUCCAGAACUAGAGAUCAAUCAAAUCCUGUCAUUCCAGAGGAGGACUGGGAAAAUCAUGUUAAGGAAAUAACAAAAGAAUGGGAAAACAAAAGGUCACAAACACAUUUGAGAACACUUCUUCAACACACUAGAGAUGGGCGUUUGACUUGGCAAUCAAAGCUAAAGCCAGGAAAAUUUGGACCAAUUAUGGAAAAAUUCCCCUGCUUUGAGGAAGGAAGUUUCGUUAUGCAUGAAUUCUUCUGCCUGAAGAAUAAAGAAAACCCAGACAAUUUUAGAGAACAUAUUGCUGGUAAAAUGGAAUGGAUGAUGAAAAUUGUUGCAAAAGAUGUAAAACUAUCCACUGAGGAAACAGAGACAGAAAAGAGUAUUGCUCUUGUAAAAGGGUUAGAAAACAAUGUUAACAGAAAGAAGGGGAAAGGGAUUAAAUCCAAGUCAUGCAUUAAAGUUGUAAAGAAUGUGCAGAAAAUAGAUUCCCUUCCCAUAAAACACUUGGAAACGGAAGAGGAAGAGGCUCCGUAUGUAGUGGUCUUCCUUGACCAGGAGGGAAAUACCUUAUGUUCACACGUAAUUGGAGAUGGCAGGAAAAUAAUAGGACAAACAUUAAAUGUGUUGGACUCAUUACUGUUACUAAUUGCAGUUUAUUAUGUUUUUGAUUUGGAUUAUCCCGAAAUUUAUUCCCAGACACUGGGGAUUUUACAACAGUGGGCUAUUGGGGAUCAAUAUACCCAGCAAAAAUCAAGCAAUUGGAUAAAAUUCUCUGACGUGUUGUCAAGAAAUAAAAAUGAGUAAAAACUA